AUGCCCGCGGAGGCGGCGAGCAGCGGCGGCGCGGCGGAGCCGCCGGGAGCCCCGCGGGAGCGGCGGCGGCGGCGCGGGCGGGCGCGGGCGCGCACCGAGGCGCUGCUGCACACGCUGAAGCGCAGCCGGCGGGUGAAGGCCAACGACCGGGAGCGCAACCGCAUGCACCACCUCAACGCCGCGCUGGACGAGCUGCGCAGCGUGCUGCCCACCUUCCCCGACGACACCAAGCUCACCAAGAUCGAGACGCUGCGCUUCGCCUACAACUACAUCUGGGCGCUCUCGGAGACGCUGCGCCUGGCCGAGCAGUGCCUGCCGCCGCCGCCCGCCCGCCGCGCCGCGCAGCCCCCCAGCCCCGGCAGCGACGCCGGCUCCUGGCUGUCCAGCGCCUCCCCGUCGGCGCCGUCGCUCUGCGCCAGCGCCUCCGGCCCCAGCAGCCCCGCCACCUCCGAGGACGGCGCCUACGCGCCCGCGGAGACCCUGCGCGCCUUCCGCGGGCUGCCGCCCGCCGCGCCGCCCGCCGCGCCCUGCCGCUAG